AUGGCCGGUUCACAACUGAAGAAACUGAAAGCUACUUUAAAAGAGCAUGGUUUAACUGGCCAAGCUAAUAUUAAGAAAAAUAAGAAAAAUACAAAGAGAAAGGCUAACGAAUAUGACCGUGAGGAGAAAGUUAGAAUAAUCAACAAGAUUAGAGAACAAUUCAACCCAUUUGAAGUUAAAACAGCAAGAGAUAAAAGAAAUGAAAGAUCAAAGACUGACAACAAUAAUAAUGCCUCCAAUAGAGUUGCUGUCGGUAAACCAGGUAUCUCUAAGCAAAUUGGUGAAGAUCAAAGAAAACAAUCAUAUGAAGCAAGAAAGUUGAUUAAAAACAAACGUGGUGGUUUAGUCGAUAGAAGAUUUGGUGAAAGAGAUAAAAAUUUAACAGAAGAAGAAAAGAUGUUAGAACGUUUCACUAGAGAAAGACAAAGUCAAUCCAAAAAGAAACAAAAUCUAUAUAAUUUAGAUGAUGAUGAAAAUGUUUAUGGGGAUGAUGAUAAUGAUACAAAUCCUUUUGAUAUUACAUUGACUCAUGGUGGUGUCGCAUUAACUACCGAUAAUGGAUUUUUAGAUGAAGAUAAUGAUUUUACAUCUUCGAAUAAGAGACCAGGACUAUAUGAUGAUGCUACCGAUGGUAAUGCACUUGGUAACUCUGGACCUGCCAGAAAGAAGACUAAGGCAGAAGUUAUGAAAGAAGUUAUUGCUAAAUCGAAACAUUACAAACAGGAGAGACAAAAGACUCAGGCUGCUUUAGAAGAUAAAAUCGAUAAUUUAGAUGAGGAUUUCGAUGAUAUCAUGUCAGCAUUGAUGCCUACUCAGACUAAACCAAAAUCGAUUCAACCAAAGAGCGAUGUCGAUAUAGAGUACGAUACCAAAUUUAGAGAAUUAAAUUCCGAUCAAAGAGCUGUACCAUCUGAGAGAACUAAAACAGAAGAAGAAUUAAAGAAUGAAGCAGAAGAGAAAAAGAAAAAAUUAGAACAACAAAGAUUGGAUCGUAUGCAAGGUAUGAUUGAAAAUGAAGAAGGUGAAGAACGUGGUGUUGAAGAUUUAGAUGAUGGGUUUUGGUCUAAUGAUGAUGAAAAUGAAGAUAUGGAAGAUGAAUUAGCCAAUUCUGAUGAUGAUGUAAACUUUGAUGGUGAUCGAAAUGAUGUUGAUUUAGAUGAUAAUGAUAAAAUAACAAAAAGAAUUCAAUCUUUAAGCUGUCCAACAACACAUGAUGAAUUAUUAAACGUAUUAGAAUCUUACUCAUUUAAGGAACACCCUGUGGUUAUUAAAAAAAUUAUCAAGUUGUAUCAACCUAAACUUGCUGAAGGUAAUAAAGAAAAACUUGGUAAACUAACAGGGAUCUUAUUAAGACAUAUAAUGUUUAUCUCAAAUCAAGAUUACUCUUCUUUUAUUGAAGAUUUUGAAACUGUCACUAAUUCAUUGAUGUCUAUCUUAAAGACAUUAUCUGAAAAAUACAAUCAAAGUCUCUCUGAAGAAGCUAGAAGUAUCUUAGUCGAAAUCCAAGAAAAAUUCAAACUACAUCAUUUCACUGGAUUAUCCAAUAGUGAUUUGGUAUUUUUCAUAAUAACUGGUACAGUAUUCUCGACUUCAGAUAUGUACCAUUUGGUUGCAACACCAAGUGCUUUACUUAUUCAUGAAAUUUUGGAACAAAUGAAAUAUAAUACUAUUGGCAAAGUAGCUUAUGGUGCUAUUCUUGCCCAAAUAUCUUUGAAAUAUCAAAGACUUUCAAAACGGUUCGUACCUGAAUUAUUAUAUUUCUUUGAGAAAUCAUUGUCAACCUAUUUGGAUUCAAAGACAAUAGAUAUAGAAAGUAAUUUGAUAUUUUCCAAAGAGGAUAAACAUAUCCUAAAACUACAUCUUGUCUCUCAUAGCAACAACAAUAAAGAUACAAAGUUCCAAAAGACAUUGAUACUAAAUAUUCUAAAUUCUUUAGAAACUGCAAUUUCAACCAUCUGGAAAGAUCUUUCAGCAUUCCCUGAAAUUUGUACGCCAAUUAAAAUUAUUCUUCAAAACCUUCUAAUAAGAUUCCCAACCCUAACCAUAGCCGCAGAAUUGGUCGAGAAAAUUAAUAGAUUGAUGAAGUUCAAUGAACAUGUUCCUCUUACAAUGCAAAAUCAUAAGCCAAUGGCUAUCCCAUCGCACGCACCUAAAUUUGAAGAAAACUUCAACCCAGAUAAGAAAUCUUAUGACCCAGAUGUUAGAAGAAAUGAGAUUAAUAAGAUGAAGGCACAACUAAAGAAGGAACGUAAGUUUACUAUGAAAGAACUACGUAAGGAUACCAGAUUUGAAGCCAGACAAAGAAUCGACGAAAAGAAGAAGGACGCAGAACAGUACCAUGCCAAGAUGGCUCACAUUUACAAUACUAUCAGUACCGAAGAAGGUGCUGAAAAGAACAAAUACGAAAGAGAAAGAAAAUUACGUUCUGGUAAAAAAUAG